AUAGCUUCACUUGCUAACGCUUGCAUAAUCUGUCAAGUACCUGACCGGUUCCAGCUGUGUAUCUUCUCACUUCAGUGGCGCAGGCCGCUCUGGAAUUCUUUUAGGCCAUUAUGAAACCGGGGGAUUCCUUUUUCAUGUCUUUUGAUCUUGGUUCCUUAGUCCUGAUAGCGCUCCAGCGCUUGCAUAAUCUGUCAAGUACCUUAAUGGAUGGCGCUAUGUGUUGUAAUCUCCUACACAAAAUGCCCCGAGAAAGUUCAGGAAAAUUUCAGGCAUUUUUUAAAAACAUGUGCUCAUCGCACGGAGGUUUAUGAUCCACCUGUAACCGGGUCACUCACGAGAUGGCACCAGUAUGUGUUCAGAUCUAAACAGACCCGGUAAAAUAUAACGCGAAAUAUGACAUUUCUCUCUAAACAGAGAAAAGACAUCUGUUUUAAAAUUACUCGAAAUGCGCAGAAUACCUUUUCAGGCGGACUGAUGCAUAAACUGACCGCGUAAAUGGACCGGCAGAUCUGUGAUUAUAAAUGACCGUUCAAACUUGAAAAAAGUGCUGCGCCGAGUGUAUAUAAUACCACCUAAACUAGACCCAUUAUCACCAUUUUGGAAACCGCUAAGAAAAGACGAGAUGGACAUCAAAGACGAAGCUGUUGUCCCUGGGGCUCACGAUGUCUAUAUCGAGACUGAUUCAAGAAAUGAAAUUUAUAUUCAAAUAGAUUCAUCGAACCAUGAUGUUAUUGAUGAUAAUGAUGAUACGGAUGAAAAUCCUUUACAGAACGAAACAGUUUCUCAAAGGGAUUCCCCAGAGGUAAUCAACCUCAGCUCCCCGGGCGUUUUAACUCAGUUAUUGAACGGAUCAGAAAAUCUAAGCGAAUACCGUAACUGGAGGGCCCCACAAACGCCAACCCCGUCUGAGGUCAGCUACCCGCUAUCGUCCAGGUCCCGCGCCAGCCGACGUCGGAUUUCUCCCGGACCCUAUGACAGCCUCAGACGGCGUUUAUCCAGCCUGGGGUCCCGAUCGCCCAUGACGACUUACUCUGACCUCGCUUCUCGUUAUACCCUUAGGCCUGAACACGAGGAGAGGCAUCGAGAAAGGCUGCAAGAGCUGGCUGAAAUCCUUGGCCUGUUAGUGGAUCAUUUUGUAAAAUUAGAGGGUCCUAUAUACAGUGCCGUACCCGAAAUGUGCAGAUAUUUGAUGAAUAUGAAUGAUUUUUACAGGGCUCUAACCCGAAAGUAAAGGAUAGG